GGUUUUUUAUGUUGUUUUGUAACGUGAUUUGGAUUCUUGUGUUUUCGCAUCCUCUUACGUUCUUAACAUUCUCAAUUUUUGUUUAUUCCCCUAGUGAUUCUAUGGUUGUCAGUGUGAUAUUUUCGGUUAAUCGUUGUUUGUUGUUUUUUGAUGUGGAAUUGUGAAACUUUUAUUCACUGAUUUAGGUUUCUAUACAUUAAACGAAUUGAAGAGGCUUAUACGAUUAUACCCCGAUAUAGAAAUUAGAAAAUGCAGAACGAGGAGGGAAAACUCACUGGGCUAUAUGUUCCUAGGAAAUGGUACUACGUUGUCACGUUUUUUCGAAUUGUGGUUCUUUUGUGGAAUUUGAACUGAUGUUAUUGUUAAAGCACGUACGUUGCAACUCUGCCACUAACAGACUCAUAACUGCAAAGGACCAUGCCUCGGUUCAGAUAAACAUUGGCCAUUUGGAUGAGAAUGGUAUCUAUAAUGGUCAUUUUUCCACUUCUGCUCUCUCUGGCUUCGUUCGAGCACAGGGUGAUGCUAACAGUGCAUUAGAUAGGUUGUGGCAGAAGAAGAAAGCAGAAGUUAAGCAACACUAGAAGUGUUAAUAAUUUUUUGUCUGAAGUCCUACAUUUUCUAGAGACAUUUCAGUAUUAUGAUUGUGGAACUUCGGUAAUUUAGUUAUAAAUUUUGCAAUAUUUUGUUUUUCUCAGCUGAAAGCUGCUUUUUGACUGACUGACACUGCAUUCAGAAAUAUUUGUUC